AUGAGAAGCUCUAGUUUUGUAUCUCUGGAUGGCAGUUCGGGAAAUUCAAAAAAAAAAAAAAAAAGGUUGUCCAAUGAGAGCUCCUCUUGACAAAAUAUAGAAAAAAAGUUAAGAAAAUUAAAAAGGAUUAUCUUGUAAGUGGCCAAUGAGAGCCCCCGUCUUGAGUCUUGACAGCAAAAUAGGAGAGAAAAAAAAGGGCAAAAAAAUAAGGGAACCCUUAAAAAAAUCUCGAAUCUUCCAAUGUUAUGUGACCUUGUUAGGGAAGGCUUCAAUUUCUUUUCUUUUUAUUUUUGGUUUUUUGAAAAGGGGCCAAUAUAGGCCAAUAUAUAAACUAGUCUUGGUGCUUGACUCCGCUUUUAAGGUCAUUUCUUCUUCCUUUCGCGCUUGCUUCCUGAAAACGAAGCCUCCUCUUCGCGCUUCCUCCUCUUCCCUAACACUCACUCAAUUUGAGCCGGAGAGAGCCACACAGAGAGAGAGAGAGAGAGAGAUGGGUCAAACCGGGGCAUUGGAUAGGGCGGAGAAGCUCCGGAAGGACGGCAACACCUACUUCAAAAGGGGUAAAUACUUGGCCGCCAUUGAUGCCUACACUGAGGCAAUCACACUGUGCCCUAAAGUCCUCGUUAAUUAUACCAAUCGUGCUCAGUGUCAUCGCGUUCUUAAGGAUUGGACCAGAGUCGAAGAAGAUUCCAGGAAAGCUAUUCAGCUCGAUAGUGAUUGGGUCAAGGGCCACUAUUAUCUGGGGCUUGCACUACUGCAGAAGCAAGAAUAUCCUGAAGGAGUUAAGGAAUUGGAGAGGGCUUUGGAUCUUGGGAGAGUUGCUGAUCCUAAGGGUUAUAUGGUAGAAGACAUAUGGCAGGAGCUUGCAAAGGCAAAAUACAGGGAGUGGGAAGAGGCAUCAAGUAAACGUGCAUGGGAAUUGCAAAGCUUGAAAGAAGCUUGUGAAAGUGCUCUCAGAGAGACACAUGAUGCUUUUCAGAUGGAAGGGUUUCUGGAUGAAGAUGGUACUACCCAUAUGAAACAGUUAGAGGCUUUAGGAAGAGUGUUUGAAAAAGCUGCGGAAGCUGACACAGCAAGUGAGGUGCCCGAUUAUUUAUGUUGUAAUAUCUCACUUGAUAUAUUUCGUGAUCCUGUAAUUACACCAAGUGGUGUUACAUAUGAGAGAUCAGUGAUCCUGGACCAUCUUGAGAAGGUGGGUAAGUUUGAUCCUGUUACUCGUGAGCCAGUUGAACCGUCGCAGCUAAUACCAAACUUUGCCAUAAAAGAAGCAGUCCAAGCUUAUUUAAAAGAACAUGGUUGGGCCUAUAGAACGUCGUAAAGGUUGACUUCUUGCUAUUUGGAACUAAUAGUCCAUAGUUGUGCUAAAACAUGUAAUGGACUACACUAGUGUGGCAGAGUGCAGUGGAAAGUCUUAUCCUUCUGAAUUGUACAGAUAAAUUGUAUUGACAAUGAGUCAUAGACUUAAUGCUUUAUGUAGAUUUGUGUCCUGAACUUGCACACUACUGUGUAGCGCUUAGCCAGUAAGAGCUGACAGUGCCUUAUGGAGUGUAAGAGCACCUAAUACGUGCUUUCUCAGUAAGCACUUUCAAGUGCAUUUACAAAAUGGCAAAUUGUUAUGAAUGAGAAACGCUCAUACAUAUGCGAAGUUGCGGGCUGUUUUACUGUAUUUAUUUCUCCUGCAAAAUACUUCAUAGUUUGGCUA